GUUAGCUUGACAACACUAUCGAAAGUGUUUUGUGGGAUAUUUAUCUGGUAAAUUAGUUGAAGCGGUCGGUCGCGGUGGAAGUAAAAGGUAACUUUCUCGGAUUUGUGUGUUUAGAAACUACCCAGACUCUCAUUUAAAGAGAUAAGUAGCUCCGGUCGGCGGGAGAAGAACGACGAAAACGAGUCCGGUCGGAACAAAAAGCCAGUUGUUCACCGGUUAGCCGAAGUUAACUCAACACCGUCGAUACUUCUUGUUUAUUUAGAUUUACGUGUUUUCGUGGAAACUGCAUGUCUUCUUACAGUUAAGUCUUACAGUGGCUUAAAAGGUUCAUGUCUGGAGGAACGAAGUGAAAUGUGGCCUCUGAAAGUUGAUGGAUUUCAUGUAAUGGUGUGAGGAUGAGACAGGGUGGUGCUGGCUGCAGCCCUGGAGGCUGAUGAAGCCGCUCCAUCGGCUGGUCAGGAUGCACAUAGCUUCAGUGGGUGUCAGCAAGUUCUGCUUCCUGCUCUCCCUUGCUUUCUGCGGCCUCCUGCUCCUUCUCAUCCCCGCCCUCCAGCCCUCUGCACGCCAGGUGGAUCUGCCUCAUCCCCGGCCUCAAGUCAGACCUUCACAGACGGGCCAAUUGCACCAUGUCGGACUCCGAGCAGGGUCUAAUCAUGACGAGGAAACAGACUCUACAAGAGGGCUCAAAAGGAGCUCAGCAGGGCAGGGGGAAUCCAUCGAUACUGAUGUUAUCAGGAAGGAAAAACCCGAUCCCAAGAGGGGGACGGACCCCAAAACAGGUGCUCUUCUCGUAAGAAAGCCUAAUGGACUUUCACGAUCAAGGACUCAGGACCCGUUGCAGUUAAAAGACAUUUUUAUCGCGGUGAAAACUACCAAAAAGUACCACAAGUCCAGACUGGGGCUGCUGACUCAGACCUGGGUUUCCCAAGCUCAAGAACAGACCUUCAUAUUCACUGACGGUGAGGACAAAGAGCUGCAGAAGAGAACGGGAGCUAACAUCAUCAACACUAACUGCUCAGCAGCUCACACCCGACAGGCUCUGUGCUGCAAGAUGUCCGUGGAGUACGACAAGUUCAUCGAGUCGCAGAAGAAGUGGUUCUGUCACGUUGAUGAUGAUAACUACGUGGUCCUGCCCAGCCUGCUGCGCCUGCUCUCCACCUACCACCACAGCCAGGACGUGUACCUGGGCCGGCCCAGUCUGGAUCAUCCUAUCGAGGCUGCAGAGAGGGUCAAGAGUGACGGAUCGGUGUCUGUCAAGUUCUGGUUUGCCACAGGUGGAGCAGGUUUCUGUAUCAGCAGAGGGUUGGCACUGAAAAUGAGCCCAUGGGCCAGUUUGGGGAAUUUCAUCAGCACAGCGGAGAAGAUUCGGCUACCGGACGACUGCACCAUCGGCUACAUCAUCGAAGCGCUGCUGGAGGUGACGCUGACACACACACACCUGUUCCACUCUCACCUGGAGAACCUACAGAAGCUGCCAACGGACACUGUGCUGGACCAGGUGACUCUGAGCUACGGAGGUUUUGAGAACAGGAGAAAUGUGGUCAGCAUAGUUGGAGGUUUUACGCUUUACGAGGACCCCACGAGGUUUAAGACAGUCCACUGCCUCCUGUAUGCAGACACUGACUGGUGUCCAAAGCUCAAAGCUCGCCACAAACACUGAAAGCCUCUGAGUUCUUACCCUGCAGCACCGGUACUUCAAAACCUCUCUGUCUCUCUCAUAGACUAUCCAAAUCAGUUUCACCUCAAGCUUCAUGGACGCUCUGAGCAAGUGUGAGCUAGAGAUACGAGACGAAUGGAUCAAACGCAUCAUGUCAAUAAUUAUUAGAGCCAAAGAAAGACUUUUCUCAGCUUGAGGGGUGAACGCUGAUGACACCGUUUCUACUCAGAGUUGAUCAUUAACAUUAAGAACACAGAAACACAACAGUCUCUGUGAUGAUAUGAAGUAUUAUUACAUGUGUUGUAUUCUGUUCAGUCUCUCGCCAUGAUGAGCUUAAUUGGGAGAAAGUGGUCAUGUCAACCUUCUUGUUUUCUUCGGUUACACUUUGAUUCUUGCAGCUUUUCUGUUCACUCCACAUUGACAUCCGAGAGUUCAACAUGUGCAGCGAGAGUUUUGAGGCUGUUCUGGAUGGGGAUUUGUAAACUCUGAUAAGAUUCAAGUAAAAAUCAAAUGACAUCGAUACCCGUUUUGUUAACACAGCAACGGCAAUAGAAGCCCCGGGCGCCCAGUAUUUGCCACAUUUACCAAGAAAUGACCAAACUCCUUCCAAUUUCUAAAUUGCACAAAUAUGUUGGCAAUGUUUUUGUGCAAUUCUGACACUGCUCUCUCUCUCUUUCACCCUUGACUGAGUGUUUUACAAGCUGAAUUCUGGACAUUUUUAACUUGACCGUUUGAGUAGCUAAAUGUGCUUGCAUAGGCAUGUUCCUGAAAGACACAAGAGUUAUUCACUAAUUAUAAACACCAAAAACCUGCAGAGGAGCUAAAUGGACUCGUCUGCCGUCACAGGCAGGAGAUGUAAUGUCUGAAGCUGUCCUCUUCUUAUCAAACACAGGGGGCUGCCUUUAGAGACCCUGCCUUUACAAUCACAAACUUUUAUUCAAUGAGUACUGGUUGUGAAAUUCAACACCUGCCUCUUCCACUGAGUAGAGAACCACUUCCUGCUUUUGCUUAAAUGAAGGGCCCGAGCAGUAUUACUUAAACAUACUCUGAUAAAGAGUGUGUCGUGAAGAUGUCUUUAUUUCCCUGUCAGCCUUAAACCAAUGACUCUCACUGUUUCAAAGGUCAUUUUACAACUUAAGAGUUCAGUUAUUCUCAUGAUACAAUAAAAGGAGAACUUUUUAAAGGGAUAGUUUUUUGAAGUGGGGUUGGUUUGAGUUCAUGUCAACAUUAGUGUAUUAGCCACAGGAGAUAGAGAUGGGGCAAAUCUUACCGAGUAAUUUAGCUAAUUCUAAGAAAAACCAACCCUAAACUGAUGAGUCAGUGUAAUCUGUCUUUAGAAAAAUGUUUGUGCUUUACUUUACCCUCAGAGAGCAACUUUGUUCCUCCGCUGGCAGCGCACUGAUCAGCUGUUCGGGUCGGCAGCUUUGAAAAAGACAACACAUCGGGGCGCCGGUAGCCGAGCUGUUGUGCAUGGGCUCCAUGUGCAAAGGCUGGAGUCCUCACAGGUUGGCGGCCCGGGUUCGAGUCUGACUAUCUCUCUCUCCCUAUUUUUUGACUCUAUCCACUGUCCUGUCUCUCAAAUAAAGGCCCCAAAUUGAUCUAAAGAAAGAAAGAGACGACAAAUACAAACAAAAAUAAACGAGCAGUUUUGUUACCGUGCCGGUACUUCAUCAGGUUUCUCUAUCCCCUGUGGGUAAUAACCUUAAUGUAUCUUAUACAACCCCACUCCAAGAAAAACUGAACUAUCCUUUAAAAGAACUCUCAUUCAGAUGAAUUUAUUACAAAAUGAUCACAGAAGAGAUUGAAAGAAAUCCUCCGUUGAGAGUUUAUUUUAGUCUGUUGUCAUUUUUCGGAUGCCUUCACAUUUUGAGAUGAAGACCUUCUCCUUCUUUUACCUUGUUUUUUACAGGCUCAUCUGUCUGGUUUUGCACUACUUUGCUCGAUUCCUGUUUGUUACUGUGCUGGUGUAAAUAUGAUAAAAGGUCGUCAGGUCUUCUUUCUUUGUGUAGGUUUUAGUUUGAGCUCUACGUACCCGACUUUUUAAAGCAGAGCUGCUCUGUGGAGAGGUGAUGACUUUGUUGGAGCCGAAUACAUCAAAACAACAUUUUCUUUAUUCUGUUUUUUUUGGGAUAUUCAUGUCUUCCAUAAAAAAUAAAAAAGCUCUUAUAUAUUUUAUUGUUUAAAAAUGAGGAUAGUUCUUAUUUUGGCUCUAAUAAACUUUUUAUUCUGUUUCCACCAGCAUCAGUAUUUCUGUCUGUAAAGUAUUUGAGUUAAACUUCUGUCCCUGUCCCACACCAGACGAGAAUCCAAACCCCUGAGUCUGUCCCACUGCAGGCCAGUGGAGGAGACUGAGUGACAUGUUUUUUUUUUGUUUUUUUUUGCAAAUCAUCAACCACUGAUGUGUUAUUCUGUUGUUUUAUAAGAAUAAACUUUUUCUGCGUCCUUGAA